GGGCGUUUUUGGGAAUUUGGGAGUGACGCCGCCUCUGCUCGCAGGGGACAUGGACGAUGAGGACGGGCGGUGCCUGUUAGACGUCAUCUGCGAUCCGCAGGCCCUGAACGAUUUCCUCCAUGGAUCCGAGAAGAUCGACAGCGACGACCUCCUGGAGCACUCGGGCGACGCCGCCAGCGCCUUCUUCGAGGGAGCCGCGCUCCACGGGCAGGAGGCGGCCGGGAACCCCCUGAGCGCCGAGCCCAGCCAGCCGGCGGCCGGCGUGGACCUGGACUUCCUGGAGGAUGACAUCCUGGGCUCGCCGGGCGGCGCCGGCGCGGGCGCCGAGCAGCCGUGCGACAUCCUGCAGCAGAGCCUGCAGGAGGCCAACAUCACCGAGCAGACGCUGGAGGCCGAGGCCGAGCUGGACCUGGGCUCCUUCCAGCUGCCGGCGCUGCAGCCGGUGGUGCAGGCGGCCGACGGCGCGCCGCAGAUCUUCCCCGGCGCCGCCGCCGCCGCCGACCUGCUGGGGCUGCAGCCGCCCGCCGUGCUGGCGCCGCAGGCCUUGGUGCAGCCGCCCGACGCCGUCAACAAGGCCAUCAGCGUGCAGCCCUUCCUGCAGCAGGUGGGGCUGGGCAACGUCACCAUCCAGCCGCUGCCCAACCUGCCCGGCCUGCCCAACGGCAGCCCCGGCGGCGCGCUGGGGCUGGGCCCCAUCCAGGUGGUGGGCCAGCAGGUGAUGGCCAUCAACCAGCCGGCGGCGCCGCAGCUGCUGGCCAAGCCGGCGCCCGUGGCGGCCGUGGGCGGCUACAUCGCCCAGCCCGACGCGGCGGCGGCGGCGGCGCAGGGAGCCGGCUUGGUGAUCCAGAAGAGCCUCCCGGCGGCCGUGGCCACGGCGGCGCUGAACGGCGGCUCGGUGUUCGGCGGCGUGUCGGCGGCGUCGGCGCAGCCGCUGGCGGUGGCCUCGGGCCCGGGCGGCUCCUUGGUGCCGGCGCCCAACGUCAUCAUCCACCGCACGCCCACGCCCAUCCAGCCCAAGCCGGCCGGCGUGCUGCAGCAGAAGCUCUACCAGAUCACGCCCAAGCCCUUCGCGCCCGGCGGCGCGCUGGCGCUGCCCGGCGAGGCGCCCGCCAAGGCGCAGCAGAACUUGGCCUUCGUGGCCGGCAAGGCGGCGCCCAACGUGGUGCUCCAAGGCUUCCCGCCCAACGUCUUCAAGCCGCCGCCGCCGCAGCCGCCGGCGCUGGGCAAGUCCAUGAGCGUGCACGUGCUCAACCAGGGCGGCUCCAUCGUCAUCCCGGCGCAGCCCUUCCAGGGCCAGAACCAGUUCCUGCUGCCCGGCGCCUCGGCCGUGCCGCUGCCGCAGCCGCUCUCGGCGCUGCCGGCCGGCGUGGGCGGCCCGCUGCUGCCGGCCGCGGGCCCGGCGCACAUCAUCGCCGGCCAGGGCGCCGGCGCGCAGCUGCUGGCCAACCCGGCGCUGCCGGCGCAGCUGCUCAACCAGAACCUGGCGGGCCAGCUCAACCUGGGCCCGGUGCUGGCGGCGCCGGGCGCGCCGGGCGCGGCGCACAUCCUGUCGGCGGCGCCCAUCCAGCUGCAGCCGGGCCAGGUGGCGCCGCCGGCGCUCUUCCAGAUGCCGGUGUCGCUGGCCGGGCCGCUGCCCAGCCCCGGCUCGGCGCCGCCGGCGCCGGCGCCGGCGCCCACCGUCAUCCAGGGCGUGACGCUGGCCGGCCCGGUGGCCAUGCUCAACGCCGGCGAGGGGCUCGGCGCCGCCGCCGCCGGCCCCCCCCCGCCGCCCUUCCCGCUGCCGCUGCUGCCCCCGGAGCAUCCCCGGAGCUUCCCCCUGAUCCCGGCGCCGUUCCCGGCCCCGCCCAAGGCCGGCCCCGAGCGCUUCCAGCAGGUGCCCCCGGGGCUGCUCCUGCAGCCGAAGCCGCCCCCGUCCAGCCCGGCGCCGUUCCCGGCUCCGCCCGCGCCCGGCCUGGUGCCGGCGGCUCCGGGAACGCCCGGCCCGGCCCUGGCGCCCGCCGGCGCCGCCUCAGGCGAAGCCGGGCGGGAUCAAGGCCCCCCCCCAACCCCCGGGGGGGGGGAAGGGCCCCCAGGCCCCGCCCACGCCUGCUGGAGCAGCUGCACCGGCACCAGGGCGCGCCUGCUGGAGCAGCUGCACCGGCACCAGGGCGCGGUGAUUGUUCCCAAAUCCGCCGUUUUUCACCCCAAACCCUGUUUCCUUCGCAGCCUGCUGGAGCAGCUGCACCGGCACCAGGGCGCGGUGCUGCACCCGGAGCCGCGGGCGCCGUUCCGCUCGCUGGGCGACGCGCUGCGCCGCCUGCUGCCCUACCACGUGUACCAGGGCGUGCUGCCCGGCCGCGCCGACUGCCAGCGCGGUACGGAACAUAUCGGAAUAUCGGGAUAUCGGGAUAUAUCGGGAUAUCGGGAUAUAUCGGGAUAUAUCGGGAUAUAUUGGGAUAUACCGGGAUUGGGGAUUGGGGUACCGGGGCUGCCCUACCACGUGUACCAGGGCGUGCUGCCCGGCCGCGCCGACUGCCAGCGCGACGAAUACGUCUCCUCGUCCUCGUCGUCCUCGUCCCGCUCCCACCCCCCCCCGGCGCCCCCCAAGCUGCUGAUCAAGCACGGGGGGGGCUCGCCCAGCGUCACCUGGCUGGGGGACCCCCGGGGGGGAGGGGACCCCCGGGGGGGAGGGGAGCCCCGGGGCGGGGGAGGGGAGCCCGAGGAGGCGCUGCCGUCGCGCAGCCGCCCGCCCAUGAAGACGUACGAGGCGCGCAGCCGCAUCGGCCUCAAGCUCAAGAUCAAGCAGGAGGCCGGGCUCAGCAAGGUGAUCCACAACACGGCGCUGGACCCGCCGGGGAUCCCGCCCGGGAGCGCCGGGGGCGCCGGGAGCACCGGCGCGGCGGCGCCGGCGGCGCAGCUCAACGGAUCCCUGGAGAAGAAAGCGCCGGCGGCGCCGCUGCCCAAGGCCGGCGGCACCGCGCCGUGCCGGCUGCCGCUGAGGAAGAGCUACCGGGAGAUC